AUGGUGAGAGUGCAUAGCUACGAGAAAAUCGUUGAUAACGCCAGCGUGACGCAUAUACCCUUGAAGUCGUGUGCUAGCAUAGGCUCAAAUUUUGAGAACUUUGAACCGAAUAGUAUAUACUCUGCGAUUAAAUUGAACAACACAGAAAAUAAUGCAAUGAUGGAAGAAGCGUGGGAGGCACUCCUGAAAUCUUACGUAUAUUACAAAGGCCUGCCUGUUGGAACCCUUGCGGCCAUGGAUCCUACCGCCGAGGCUUUGAAUUACAAUCAGCGGCUUAGCCUGUCUAAUGAGACCAGCCAGUGCUGGUGGCGAUCCAGAGAUAGUAAAGAAUUUCCUGUUAAAAACUCUCCACCUCCAAGGCUGAGGGAAACCUUGGUUGCAGAUUUUGGUGGCAGUGCCAUAGGGAGGGUUGCUCCUGUUGACUCUGGGUUCUGGUGGAUCAUUCUGCUAAGAUCAUGUACCAAGUGCACGCAUAAUCACACACUUUCAGAAAUGCCUGAGGUACAGAGAGGAAUGAAGUUGAUACUUAACCUUUUCCUUUCAGAUGGAUUUGAUACUUUUCCAACUCAUUUGUGUGCAGAUGGCUGUAGCAUGAUUGAUAGGAGAAUGGGAAUUUACGGAUAUCCUAUUGAAAUCCAAGCCCUCUUCUAUUUUGCAUUAAGGUGUUCAAGGGAGAUGCUGAAACCAGAGCGAGAUGGCAAGGAAUUGAUCAAGCGCAUUGAUAAGCGCAUAACAGCUCUCAAUUAUCACAUCCGAAAUUACUACUGGCUUGAUUUCACAAAGUUAAACAACAUAUAUCGUUACAAAACUGAGUAUUCCCACACUGCUGUCAAUAAAUUCAAUGUAAUUCCCGAGUCCAUUCCUGAUUGGGUGUUUGAUUUUAUGCCCCUAAGAGGGGGAUAUCUGAUUGGUAAUGUCAGCCCAGCUCGAAUGGACUUCCGCUGGUUUUUGGUUGGAAACUGCAUUGCAAUCUUAAGUUCAUUAGUUACACCUGCACAAGCAACAUCAAUUAUGGAUUUGAUUGAGGAGCGUUGGGAGGACUUGAUAGGAGAGAUGCCUUUGAAGAUCGUUUAUCCAGCCCUGGAGGGUCAUGUUUGGAGAACUGUCACUGGAUUUGAUCCAAAGAAUACACGAUGGAGUUACCAUAAUGCUUUGAUAUGGCUACUCGCAGCAGCAUGUAUCAAGACAGGAAGGCCUCAAAUUGCAAAACGAGCCAUAGAGCUGAUGGAACAGCGCCUUUCCAAAGAUGGAUGGCCUGAAUACUAUGAUGGUAAGGCCGGGAGUUAUGUGGGAAAGCAAGCAAGGAAGUAUCAGACAUGGAGCAUUACUGGCUACUUGGUCGCCAAGCUGUGA